AUGGCCUCGCUAGCUGAACUUGCUGCCCCUGUCGACAGUAGCGAGUUCCUCGACUUGGACGCUUGGUCCCGCGCCCUGGAUGACUGGGCCGUCAAUGAAAGAGGGACAAAGACGGGGCAACCGCCGUUUGUGCCUGGCGUCCUCAAGGAUGCCGGGCUAGCCAGGAUCACGGAGGACUUCUGCCACUUGGGGCAGUCGUUGCAGCUGUGCUGGACUUGGUCCGCACACGCUGAAUCUACUCAGAGUCUGCUACUUAGAGUGAGGGACAAGAAGGCAUCCUUACAUGCUGCGGCACCUGUGGCGAGCCUGGGCAUAAUUCCAGGACUUGCCGCAGGCCUAAUAAUUGGCCCGUUCUCAUAUGAGAACAGGGGGGUAUACGGGGGGGUUUACAGCCCGUUCUCAUAUGAGAACGGGGGGAGUUUCUAG